GAGGAGGAGGAGGAGGAGGAGGAGGAGGAGGAGCAGCCGCUGGAGGAAAUGCUGCCUCUUCCAAUGAAAAUUUCCCCUCUAUAGCUAACCCUGUCCUGCCGCAGAUCACCUCUGAAGUCAUGCAUGUUUGCAUGUUAAGUUUUAGGUUUUAUUCUUCACAUCAUAUGACCAUCAUAUGAGUAUCAUCAAUGCCUCAGCAGACCUCAACCCAAAGGGAAGACACCUGUGUGGACCAUGAGAUGCACUAGAGGCUGAGCGACACAACAACAACCACGCACAGAGAUAAAAAAAAAAAAUACAUCCUUCAGUUGAACUGUUACACCUGACCAUGGCUGUUACUGCAGCUAAGACAACUACAAGUUUUCUCUCCACAACUGCCACUUCCACCGCAAUCCCCUUCCUCUCGACGAGCAAGAGCGCCAGAGACAAUGUCACCUCCAGAACGACAUUGAUGACGGUUACCAUAACAACAAACGACACCAGCUUCAAUGCAACGGCAUUUCCGGGGGCGAUGAUUGAGGGCGCGGGAAUGGGAAUGGUGCUCGUACCCUUUGGCAUCAUAACUGUCAUUGGCUUGGCAGUGGCAAUUAUGCUGUACAUUCGGAAACGGAAGCGGUUGGAGAAGCUGAGGCACCAGCUCAUGCCCAUGUACAACUUCGACCCGGCUGAAGAACAAGAUGACCUGCUGGAACAGGAACUUCUGGACCACGGCCGGGACGGCAGCCUCACAGGUCCCAAUGCCAAGACACUCACAACCUCCCAGGGGACCACGCAGAGGCCCAGUCGUCUGGUCUUCACAGAUGUAGCCAAAGCUCUCAACGCUUAACAGCUCUCUUCCGUUAGUUUAAUCAUCCAGAUACAGACUGUCUCUCAGGAAGGAAAAUAAAUGGAAAAAUGGACUGGUUCUGGGAACAACUGGAGCUUUGGUGAACGUUUUCCUCACUACAACACAGUACGUGGAAUGGCCGGGGUUAAAAAAAAAAGGGUGCAUGUAUGAUAAGGGAGCAUAACGGGCAGCAUCACAUAUGAUCUUGCACUGUUGUCAUUUGGCUCACAAAUGAAGUGUGAUGCACCUUUCUUGAAUCCUGUUGUGUCAUUAGUGUUAAAAUGUUUGGUAGCUUGUCAGUGAAGUUCUUCUGAGCUUCAAUAUCUACUUCCAUGUUUGAUAAAAGAGAAGUGUAAAUU